GUCCUCGCAGGAGCUCCGGGACAAUGACUCAGUGGCGGACCGACGCUGCGGCUCUCUCCGGCCGCCUGUCGCUGCUCAGCUCCCGACCACCCGUUGAGACCGAAGGUCGACGCUCAGUCUCGGUCCGGUUCGUUUCCGGCCGGAGCUGUGGCGGUGCAGACGGACGCCCUGUCUCCUGUGUCAGUCCGAGGCGCAGGCACAGUGCGCAGGCGUAGACGAGAGGAACGGAGGCGGUGGCGGUGUCGCUGCGCUAUUCCCUUCUUCGUCCCGAUUCCCUUCGAGGGCUCGUGUUUAUGAUGUCGUUUCCUUCCCGCAUGCGCACUGGUUGUUUCCGCUUGAUGCCCAAAUCAGCAUAAUAGGAUACGUCACUGCACGGACGCCGUGCGCUUCAUCGAAUCGUCGAGAGGAGUGGGUUGUGCUUCACACCUGUCCUCUGAAGAUGUGGAAUUUCCACUACUUCACGUGUUUCAAGGAGUUUCUCUUGACCAGCGUGUCAAACAUGGACAGACAAGAAAUGCCCUGCUCCGCUCGCAGCUUUAUAUCGAAAGCAGGGACAUAACAGAUGGCAGGAUGUUCUACACUGGAACUCGUCUGCAGUGCCUUCGCUUGGUGGUUUUGUCUGAGGAGGAAAAGAGGUCUGUCCUUCACGAGUGCCAUGAUCAUCCAGGGACAGGAAACCUGGUUACUACUGCUAAACUGUAAAGAAGGACGUGUAUGACUGGGUAAGUACUCAAAUACAAUAACGAAGUUGAAAAAAAGGCUGUGUAAAAGUUACUUGUCUUUGUACUGUUCUCCGGUCAGUGGAUACCAUAGAUCUCAGGGCGUACCAGUAGCAGGAAGAGAACCGGAAGAAACCACAGAAGAAGUGGGAUGCAGACUUGGUUUAUUCCAGAUCAGCAUUAGCAAAGGAAAAGCAAAAGUGUCAAAAGGACAGUUGUGGUACUUCAAAUGAGCUGCAGACUAAAUUUAGAAGAAACAAAAAUGAAUAUUGAGAAUAAUUUUGAGAAUGAUUUAAGAACUAACAUGUAGCUGCAUGAGCUGUUACUGAAACACACGCAUUUACUGAGCCAGAAAUGAAACCCAGCGGCCCGUGUUUACAGGCGUCACUGCCCCAACGGCAACUUCAACACAACCGUCUCACCCGCCUAUAGAACACUGACGCUCCACUUGUGACGCCCAGUGGUUAACGUCGUACAUUGCAACUAAUUUUUUUCACAUCCGCCAGUUCCAGUUAACGGUAUUAGAAUGGAAACAAUCUAAGAUCAUCUCUCCUCAGCAGUGGAAUCCAAUUCACUGAUGCUGGAAGACGAGGCCUGAUCCCAAACCUAAAACAUAACAUGCAAGCACUUGAGGCUACGCAGGCUAUGCCGGCUACGGUUAGUUACCUGUGAAGUGAUUUAGUUUCAAAUGCUAAAAAAAAGGGAGAACUCAGCCGUCGACUUUGUUCUAAGCAACAAAAAAAGACUACAUGGGAAAGGCAAGCCGAGUUUACCUGUUUUGAAGUCAUUCAUGUUGACGUCCUCAGUAGCCCGCCAGUUUGAAUUCUGCUCGUAAAAUUUUUGCUGUACUACGCAUGCGCCUACCUCGGUCUUUCCAAUCAUUGGUCAACAUGAAAUUGCUCUACAAAGCUCUCUCCUUAAACCAAGGGUGUCCAAACCGGUCCUCAGGGGCCGCAGUGGCUGCAGGUUUUUGUUCCAGCCUGACAGACACAUACAGCUUCACCAGUCAGGUGUUCAUGUGAUCAGUUGUUUGUCAGUCAGGUGCUGCUUGUUUCAGCUGAGACCUGAUUGGUGAGACUAGGUUAGUUAGGUUUCAGGGUCUAGGUAGUGUUGGUAAAGGUUAGAAUGAGUGGGUGGGGCACCUAGGUUGGUUAGGUUUAGGACCUAGGUGGCGAAGGUUAGGGUUAGAAUGCAAAGGUGGGGUACCUAAGUCUGUUGGGUUUAGGGUUCAUUUUAGUGGAUAGGGUAAGAAUAGGUGGGUUGGGAGUCUAGGUUAGUUAGCUUUCGGGUCUUGGUCCUCGCUGCUUUGUUGGAUCCAUGGAAAGCCUUCACCCACAGGCCUGGAGUCCACUCUGUGAACUCUUUUCUCCAAGUUCUGAUUAGGGAUGUUGGCAUGACUAUUAACGUGUGGCUGACCAGCUCAGCAUCAUCCAUCCCACAGAGGAAGGAGAUGACCUGGAUGGUUUUACCCAAACCCAUAUCUUUGGCAAGAAUUCCCCCUUUCCUGCCAUCUCUGAAGAGGCUAUGUAAGAAGACCAUGUCAACAUUAACAACAUUAACUGAUGCUCGAUAAAAGCGUCCAUGACGACCCGUGUGACCAUCAGCGGGUGUCCUAUUUCAUAUGUGCUCUGCCCUCUAACGGCCUUCGCUAUUGGUUAAUCCACCUCGAGGCACUGGCCUCGGCCUGAGACUUUGAUUGAGUGGCUCUCCGCCCAGGAAGGCACCACAUAUAAGACACCCCCACUCCCGACACUCUGCUUCUUUUUCCACUCAGCCUGCGACUGUUGUCACCAUCGGGUGCUGUUAUGGACCGUGUUUGUGUUUCCUGCGCUAUUUUUCAGGAUGAGUCCAAUAAGCACGACACCUGUGUCGUCUGCUUAGGUCAGGACCAUCUGAAGUUCGUCCCGCAUGCUUGGCACUUCCAGGAGAAGCUCGCUGCAUCCGGGCAGGCCUAGCCCUUGGGGAGCCGACCAGGAGACUCGACCACCUCAGCCAGCUGAUUUGGGCUGAGGCCACUGAGGAAGACAACCAUUGGUUCUACGAGGAGGAGGUCCACCUCAUAGUCUUCCCCGACGACGGGGAGGAGGAUCAGUCGGGCAUGGAGAAGGGUGAGUGUGCACCAAUGGGGCCCAUCCAAAGAAUGUACCCCAUGGAGGAAAUGCCCAGCCUCUUCCAGCAGCGGAGGUACUAGGAGUACCGCUCCCCGUUCCGCCGGAGCCAGAGGACGAGGACUUCUCUACAUCCAUGUAGGCCAGGGCCCAUAAGAAGUCUGCCAGACCAAGAUGACGUGGCUGUGGGCCCACUCUGCCAAAGACCUAAUGGCUCCCCUGUACAUCAAGGCGGUAUAUACUCCACGGUGGGAGGCAUGGACCCCACCAAGGGUCUUCCUCCUCUGGGCGACACACUGGGGUUCUGCCUGGCUCCCUCGACCACGCUCUGGAUCGGAGCCAAGCAGCAGCUCCCGGGACCACACCACUGCGGUCUUCCUCGACAGGGCCUGCGGCAUGCACGUGCAGACCCUGUCGAACAACAUUACUUUUCUGGUGACAGCAUUGGACUGGUCCCUCUUCGAGAAGGACAGACUGGAGGGGGAGGAACUCCAACGAGCAAAAGUGACAGCAGCAGCUUUCAGGAAGAUGGUGCUGGCUGCAUCGGUGGAUGGGGCGUACAUCCGCGUGCUUUCUCAGGUGGCCGCUCGCAACCUCUGGCUGUCAAAUACCAGCCUCAAAGAGUCAGAAGCAGAACCUCAUCUGUGCUCCAAUUACUGAUGACACCUUGUUAGGCCCUAACGUCUCCGACUACUUGGAGAAAAUGGAGACAAGUCGUCCGCUCGCCCGUCGGAGCGUUUUCAUCUCAUGCAACACACUCCUGCGUCCUCUUCAUCCCGGUCCAGGGAGCAUGUCUUGUAUUUAUUUGUCUUUAUUUUUCCUUUCCUGGGUCGUCCAAUGUUUGUUUUCUAAUCCUGUCAUUUUGAAAGAUUCUAAUCCAUGCAUUGAAGUCUUUGACUAAUGUAUCUGUUUUCUUUUGCUGCACUGCUUAGGGAAUCCCAGGUGAAGUCAGGGACUUCACAUCCGUGGAUAAAAUAAGAGCUCACCUGAGUCGGGGAUUCAGUGUAAAGACAAGGUCGCAUUCACUGUUAAAAGCAGUGUUUCUUUGAGUCGGACACUCUGUGCGAACAGGUGGUCGGGGACUUUAUUUUGGUGGUUAACAACGAGGAGUUUUUUUUUUUUUUUUUUUAAAGAGAAGAAUGGGUUACAGCAAGAGUAAAAUGGAGGAGCUGAUGUGGACAGCUCCAUGCAUGAAAAUUAUAAAAGACAAAUAUGGGGAUGAAUGUUUGGAGUGUGUGACUGAACGGGUGAAUCAUCUUGAACAGCACAUUGAGUGUGAUUGAAUUACGAUUGGUGAGAAACAGACUGAAUGAAGAUGUUAGUAGGUUGAGAGAAUGAGAAAAAAUUCAAAUGGAGAGUCUGAGGAAGUUUGAAAAACACCAGAAUAAAAAAAAAAAAAAAAAAAAAAAAAAAAGUGGAUUGAAGAAGCCGAGCGUAGAGCGGCCAUACAAAUGCAAUAGAAAAAAAGUGUGGAAAAAUGUGGGGAAGGGCAAGAAAAGUGUGAGGGCCCUCAAACUGAUGAAUGUUUUUCUGGUCUUUAUCCGAGUCUAAGUCAAAUCACACAUCGGAGAGAUGAUGACUGGGUCCCUCCGCCAUAUACCCGAUUCCAGGACAUCCAUGCACAAGUGGUGACAAGAUCAAGAGCAAAACAACACCAAGAAUCACCACAAGAUGGCGCCAAACCACCUGUCCUCACCGCCGCAUCACCUGGUCACUGCAACGUUGAUUCCUCAGCUGAGCCCACAAUGGUCCUACUCACCUGGAGGAUCUUCAGGAGGCAACACACAACAUCAUACAAGUAAGACUGUCCACGUUUCAAACACUCGGAUGCCUAUGAAUGAGUAAUCCAAGCGCCGGUGGCAGACAUGUCCUGAUGCUCAUUCAAGGAGUGGCCUUCUCCUGAAUGUGGAGGUAAUGCACUCGCAGACACUGUGAUGGCGUUUUGCAGGGCCUGGCGUGCAACAAGGCCUGAAUUGCACAGCCUUCUAAACCGCCACCUGAAAUCAGAAGGCUUCACUCUCAUCGCCAAUGAGGUCACCGUACCAGGUUUUGAAAAUCUCAGAGUAAUGACUGCCACCUGGAACAGGGACAAUCCCUGGGAACAAUGGGUCACAAGCAUCUGCAACACCAUACUGCGUGUCUUCCAAGUCAGACAUGAUCCCAGCAAAAUCAAAACUGGAUCCCAAAAGUCAGAUGAGACUGUCACUCAGUCACUCAGGACAAGGAAAGUCACAAACCUAUGCUGAUGAAUUCCAGCCUUGUGGGUGGAUGGAGAGAGAAUCGGGUUCCAGGCGUCUGAACUCUGUACUGCUGUCCCAGAUACAGACAGCCAACCUCGCUAUGGUCCAACACUCCACUCCAAGGGGCCGUGGGUGUAGUCACUGGUCUUCUCGGCCACAUGGACGUGGUGGUCACUUCUCACAGAUGCGCAAGGUUGUGGCCACAUUCUUGCUUGUUAUCUCCAAUGUUAUUGUGUACGCCUCCUGUGCAGUGAAUAAAGUGUAUGCUGACUGUGAGUGCCUCAGUGAGAGUUUCAACUUCACACUGUGGACUUGUCUUCUCACUGUCUUUCCAAAGAUUCUUCAGCAACAGACAAUUCUCUCUUUAUGGGAGUUAAGAAGUUCCGCAACAGAACUCAUGGAGAACUACACUGAGGAAGAGGAUGAAGGGCUUGUCAACACGAACAACUGUAUAAAAUCUUCCAUGGCAAUCUGCAUGACCAUCCGCGACAUGGGGAGUCCUUCUUGUACAGCCUCUACACAGACAGCAGGACUGGGGGAAUUCUUGCUGACAACAUGGUUUUGGGUAAAACCAUCCAGGUCAUCUCAUCUCUCUCUGGGAUGUAUGAUGCCCAGCUCGUCAGUCACACUCUCCUCGUCAUGCCAGCGCAUGCAAAGUACUGAAACACUGAGUGUGGAUGAGAAGUGGUUUUCGAGUAAUAAAAAUAAACAACAGAGGGCGCUGUUUGCUCACUGUGACUUCUGGUUUAACGUCGUUGUUGCAAGAAUAAAUACAAGAGGCAAAAACAAGACAGACGUUUUUGCAUGGCGCGAGUAAAAGUUUAACAGUAGAAAAAUGUAAAUAAACUGUUGGAGGUUGUAUAUCAGGCGACUCUGGACUACUUUAGCUUCAUUCUUUUUUGGUAGCAUGAAUACGAGUAUUGACAACAAGCACUUACACUUCAAUCCCAUGUGUCCCAGAAAGCCAGGGUCAUGGGAUGCGCAAGUCACUUGAAGCUUCAUGAGAUACCAGCAAAGAGAUGUUGAGUGGAGAACUCCAGAGAAGUUGGUUUUAAUGGUUUGCUGCUCAAACGAUUGUAUAAAGUGGCAUGUUUCUUGUGUGGGUAACAUUCAGGUGUCAUUUUUUUCCACAUCACUUGUGACAAGGACCAUCAUCCAACGGCAUCUUUACUUCAGAAAAUCGCUGUAUCAAAAUACAUUUUACAAAUUUGUAGACUCCUUCUGCUUCCUAGGAGCCACCAUCACUGUGGACCUCAAAUGGGAGCCAACCAUUAGGUCCCUCAUCAGGAAGGCCCAGCAGAGAAUGUUCUUUCUGAGGCAGCUACGAAAACUAAGACUGCCGACGAAGUUGCUGGUGGAGUUCUACACGGCCAUCAUCCAGUCCAUCCUCACCUCCUCUAUCACCGUCUGGUACAGCAGCGCUACCUCCAGGGACAGGAUCAGAGGCGACCCUUGUCAACCUGGACAUGGACUGUUUGUUCCUCUUCCCUCUGGCAGGAGGCUACGGUCCAUCCAGACCAGAACCUCCCGUCACAGGAACAGCUUCUUCACCUCGGCCGUCAGACUGUUGAAUUUGUGAUCAGCCUUUGUUUUUGUUUGUCUUUGUUAUUUUAUUUUAUUUCUUAACAGCACUUUAUUUCAAAGCACUUUCCUAGUUGGUGAAACCCCCACUGACCAUGGCAAUAAAUUCUAUUCUGAUUCUGAUUCUGAUUCUGAACACAUAGCUUCAUGUUCAAUUUUAAUGACUUUUUAAAUUCAAUUUUUACAUGACAUUAGCAUUUUUUUAUUAAUUCCAAAGUAUGUGUAGCAGACAAAAGUAUUCUGGCCCGGUGUACCUUGGUGCCACCUGUUACUGCAGUCUACUAGUCUUCAGUCUACAUUAACAGGAAGACAUACGCUCAGAUUACAUGUGUCAACAUGAGACUAAGAAGACAGAGGCAGGAGGACCGGUGAAGAUGAGUGAGGAGAGAAAGUCAUGACAGAUGAGUUCAAGUGUUUGAGAUCAGUACUGCAGCGUGAUGAACAGAGCUGUGAAAAGCUGUGAAGCAGAGAGUGCAGGCAGGGUGGAGUGAGUGUCAGGAUGGUGAAGGUGGGAAGAGACUGAAUUGUUAAAGGUGAAAAAUAAAAUCCCACAUUGAAGACAAUAUAAAUAAAACUGUUAGCACCUUUAGAGUAAAUGUGGCUACUGUGGCUCAACAGACUGUGUCUGCACUGUGAGACUAAAUGAGACUUGAGUCAGUCCUGAGUCAGAGUGACUAUCACCAUAGGUGCCUCGCGCACACGACACACACUAGCAACAUUCUACGUUCUCAUGGGACACAUGCUGCAUUAUUAAUGCCAACCCUAUCCUUCACUUCAAGCUCAGUUGUUCUCUUUAAUCCUGGUGGGUCACAGUCAGGUACAUGGGCAGGCUCGGGUUUGAAAGGCCUUGAGGGGGGGCUCCUUGUCUGCUUCAUGUGGCUAUGCAGGACUGAAGACAGAACAUAAAUCUCAACAUGUCACCUCUCCAAUGCACGCAAGAUCACUACUGUUGUCCUCGCCUGUCGACUUGUGGGUGCAUAAACUUGAUUUGAUGAGUGUGUA